UUACCGUUCAUCCCAUGGGAGACCAUUGCUGUGAUCACUUGGCUGUGUACAUGAAUGUUGCCAGAACUAAAUCAUUUAGAACUGGAUGGAAAAGGAGAGUUAGUUAUCGCUUCGUUUUGUUGAAUCAGUCGGGCAAAGAACUCAAGACAUUUGGAACACCUAAAGCAGGCAGCUUGUUCUGUGAUGAGGCCCGGGGCUGGGGUUAUCCCAAAGUAUUACCUCUUAGCAAGCUUAAAGAAGAAGAGUUUUUAGAGAAUGACAAACUGAUCAUUAAAGUGGAGGUACAAGUGGUUGAAGAUGUUCAUGUAGAAGAGGUAACUAGGAAGGGGAUGUUAGAUCUCAAUGGUUUCGAAGUUCAUUAUACUAAGGGUGUUUUAGUGAGCAAGAUUUUCGCAAAGCACCCUGACAUUGCAGUAGAUGUCAAACCGACGAACCAAGUAGUGAAGACAGCAUACAUGGAUGUCCUCCUCAGCCUCAUCGAGACACUGCGUAAGCCUCCACAGAGCUUUUCGAAUGCUGACGUAAUAAAGGCUAUGCGCAAUUUGAAAGAGCUAACGGAAGCAGGCUUCAAGCUAGAUUGGUUAAAGGAAAAGCUCAAGGAAGUGGCCUGGAAGAGUAAGAAUGCAACUGAUGAUGGUUCUCGGGUCAAAGAAAUGGAAGAACAAAUCAACAGUCUGGAGCUGACUUUGUGGAAUCUCAAAGUUGAACUGAACAAGGAGAAGGCUAAGGCUGCUGCUUAUGCUAAACUCUUGCCGUUUGACGACAUUGUUUGAUGUCAAAAUAAAAGUUUUUUUUUUAAGUUCGUAUGGUAUAUUCAUGGUUCCAAAGUGUCUGAAUUAACGCGACCGUUAUGUUCUAAAGUAAUAAUGACAGAUUUGGUUUUGUUACUUAAACUAUUUAAA